CAUUUUGGUACUUUUUUAGAGAGAGAAAGGCCUCAACUUUAGAGAGAGAGAGAGAGAGAGAGAGAGAGAGAGAGAGGGCCAAACUUCAUUGUUGAGUUGUAUUGUAUCCUGUGUGAGUUUGGCAAUUUGAGGGACAGCAAAACCAACCCAAAUUAUUCAGUUUUCUUUCUUUUAUGAACCCAUCUUUUGCAAUUUGCUCCAUUCUUCUUCUUCUUCUUCUUUAGCUUCUUCUUCUUCUUCUUCCUUCUGGGUUUUCCCUCUUUGACAAAAAGGGAAACAGGGCCUGGAGAAACUUCUAUGAACAAUUUGUUUUGACCCCUCCUCUGAAAUUCUGGAAAUGUCGCCAUUUUAGCAGCUUCCAACUCGGUUUUCUGCUCACCAAAUUUGCUACAGAACACUUUCGUCACUUCAUCUUCCACCGCCGCCAUGGCCUCCAAAUCUAAAUCUUCUGCACCUGAAACUCCCAACAAGACUUCACCUGCAACUCCCAGGGUGAGCAAACUGAAUAGAGGGAUUGCUAAAUCAGAGUCUGAUUCUCAUUCUCCUUUGCAAAAGUCUCGUCUCUCGAUUGACCGGUCCCCUCGACCUGCAACAUCGAAGCCCGCGGUUGAUCGUCAACUGCCAAAAGUCGCUACCCCGCCUGAUAAAUCGCAGCCACGAGGUACGAAAGGUUCGGAGAUACAGGCUCAAUUAAAUCUUGCUCAGGAGGAUCUGAAGAAAGCUAAGGAACAAGUAGUUUUGGUCGAAAAAGAGAGAGAAAAACUAAGCAAUGAAUUAAAAGAAGCACAGAGAGUGGCAGAGGAGGCAAAUGAGAAACUCAGGGAGGCUUUGGUGGCACAAAAGCGAGCCGAAGAGAGUUCUGAGAUUGAGAAGUUUAGAGCUGUUGAGAUGGAGCAAGCAGGAAUUGAAGAAGCCCAUAAGAAAGAAGAGGAAUGGCAGAAAGAGAUAGAAGAUGUGAGGAGCCAACAUGCAUUAGAUGUCGCUGCUCUUCUCUCUACCAGUCAAGAGCUUCAAAGAGUGAAGAUGGAGUUGGCAAUGACUACCGAUGCGAAGAACCAGGCGCUGAGCCAUGCUGAUGAUGCAACAAAGAUUGCUGAGAUUCACGUAGAGAAGGUGGAGAUUCUCUCAGCUGAGCUAACCAGAUUGAAAACACUGCUAGACUCGAAGCUUGAAACACAGGCAAAUGAGAGUGGGCAAUUGAUAAUGAAGCUUAAGUCAGAGAUCGACUCUCUGAAUUUGGAGCUUGAAAAGGCAAAAUCUUAUGCAGAGAAGGUGAAGGAGAAAGAGGCUUCGAUUGAGCGGCUCAAUAACGAACUAAAAGCUGCAAAGAUGGCUGAAGCAUGCUACGAGGAGACGAUCACGGAGAAAGAUGCUUCCAUUGAACAGCUUAAUAUCGAUCUAGAAGCUGCAAAGAUGGCUGAGACAUGUGCACAUGGUUUAGUAGAAGCAUGGAAAAACAGAGCCGAGGAGCUAGAAACACGGUUGGAGAAUGCAGAUAAGCUGGAACGAUCGGCAUCGGAAUCUUUGGAAUCAGUGAUGAAACAACUGGAGCAGAAUAACGAUCUAUUGCACAAUGCAGAGCUUGAAAUUGCUGCUCUAAAAGAGAAGGUAGGUUUGUUGGAAAUGACUGUUAAAAGACAGAAAGAGGAACUAAAAGAGUCAGAACACCAUCUUCAUCUGAUUAAGGAAGAAGCAUCUGAAAUGGAAAAGUUGGUUGUGUCACUGAGGUCACAAUUGGAAACUGUCAAGGAAGAGAAAACUCAAGCUUUGAAUAAUGAAAAACUUGCAGCUUCCAGUGUACAAAGCCUAUUAGAAGAGAAAAACCAACUCUUAAAUGAGCUAGAAACUUCCAAGGAUGAGGAAGAGAAGAGCAAAAAGGCAAUGGAAAGCUUGGCGUCAGCAUUGCACGAGAUCUCUGCAGAGGCCAGGGAAACCAAGGAGAAACUGUUGUCUAGUCAAGCUGAGCAAGAAAAUUAUGAGUCCCAGAUAGAAAAUCUAAAGUUGGUAUUGAAAGCUACAAAUGAGAAGUAUGAAAGCAUGCUUGAAAAUUCUAACCGUGAAAUUGACAUUCUAUCGAGUACAAUUGAGGAAUCAAAGCAUGAAUACGAGAACUCCAAAGUUGAGUGGGAAGAGAAGGAGCUUCACCUGGUGGAUGCUGUGAAGAAAUCAGAAGGAGAAAACUCUUCCUUGGAAAAAGAGAUAGAUAGGCUUGUAAAUUUGCUUAAACAAACUGAGGAAGAUGCUUGUAAGAUGAGGGAGGAAGAAGCUCAGCUAAAGGAUAGCCUAAAGGAAGUUGAAGCUGAGGUGAUUUAUUUGCAGGAAGCUCUUGGAGCGGCAAAAUCCGAAAGCAUGAAACUGAAGGAAAGUUUGUUAGACAGAGAGAAUGAGAUUCAGAGCAUUCAUCAAGAAAAUGCGGAGCUUCGAACAAGGGAAGCUGCUUCUCUUAAGAAGGUUGAGGAGUUAUCCAAGUUACUUGAGGAAGCUUCCACCAGAAAGCAAACAGUUGAGAAUGGUGAACCAACGGACAGCGAGAAGGACUACGAUUUGCUUCCAAAAGUGGUCGAGUUCUCUGAAGAGAAUGGUCGACGACAGGAAGAGAAGUCUAAAGUGGAGCUCUCAACACCCAUUCAACAUGAAGAAUGCAAAAUAGAAUUUCCAUGGGAAGAGAACGAUGCCUCGGUUGAGAAGGAUGAAAAAAUGGACUCAGCAACGACACUUCAGAAUGGAAACGGUAAACCCAAAGAAGAAGAGAAAAAAGAGAAGGAAGAUGAUUCAGUUAAAGUUGAAUAUAAAAUGUGGGAGAGCUGCAAGAUUGAAAAGAAAGAGUUCUCACAAGAGGGAGAACCGGAGCACGAAUCCAUCAAUGAUGAAGGGGACUCAAAGGCAGAGGGCGGAGAGAGUUUCGAUCAGAUAAAUGGGGUAAGUUCAGAAAAUCCAGAUGGUGGUGGAAACUCACCGUCAAAGCAGCAGCAACAGAAGAAGAAGAAGCCAUUGCUUAAGAAGUUCGGAUACCUUCUCAAGAAGAAGAACACCACCAACCAGAAACAGUGAUAUAGUACUAUGGCUUGAUUUUCUUCAAGCUAGGUGGCAAGUAUAUGCAUAGUAAUUUUCACCUGAAUUCGUUUGCUUAUAUUGUUUUGUUCUGAUUUUCUGAAUAGGUUUAAAAGAUGGGAAAAGGAAAAAGGAUGAAGAGAUUUGUAAGUGGGACUUCCUCCUUCUUCCACUGCUGGGCAGUUUCUUGUAUGCUAUUGAGAUAUUUCUUUUGUUCAUUGUUUUAUGGUUCCCUUCACUACUGAUCUAGAAUUUAUGAAAAGGAGUGGUUACUUGAAGUUGUAUCAUCAUCUUCCAUCCAUUAUAGAUUCUUUUGUUAGCUGCUGCAAAUGAGAAACUGCUUUGUAAAUUGAUUGUUUGUGACGUCAAACUGUUUGCUUUCACUUGUUUGAUGGAAUUACAUUAUUGAGAAGCCA